UAUUUAUUAUUAAACACUUCAAUGACCACAGACAGACAAGCGCACAUACAACAAUAAAGCGGUGAUAUAUCAGCGUUGGUUGAGGGGAACACCAGCCCGCGAGGACGUCCACAAUGCAAUUGCCGCGCUCAACAACAACAGUCACUCUGUAAUUUCCACAACGAAUUUUCGCUAUACAUAAAACCGGUUUAACCAUAAUUUUUAUUGCUUUUAUGCCAACAUUAAUUCUUAAUUUAACUUUUGCUGCCGACUUCCCCAAACGCAUUCGAUAACGAUGCGCCUCGCCUCAGUACAUCAUUAACCAGCGGCGUGACCACCGCGCUAAUAACAUCCGUGUUCGUAUAAAUUUUCGACGUGUUCAAUCAAUAACUUGUCCUAUUUCAAUACAUCAAUCAAAUCGACAUGCAAAUGAAACGUCAAUACCAUCACUAUCGCCGCCGUCGACAAUACCAAAACUCAUCACCAAUCGCACAACGAUCACUGCCACCGUUUAUAGCUGCCGCCACCACCAUAAUUUUUUGCUGCAUUUUGCUGUUACUCGUUCACGCACCCGCCCCCGUUCAAAUGCGUCGUCUGCAACGUUGCGAACUCGUCGGCGAAUUGUAUAUUUUGGAUGUGCCAAAAUCGGAGCUGUCGCUGUGGUUAUGCAUUGCCGAAUAUGAAAGUCGCUACAACACGCAUGUGGUGGGCAAUCGCAAUGCGGAUGGCUCCAGCGACUAUGGACUGUUUCAGAUCAGCGGCCGUUAUUGGUGUCAGCCGGACAAUGGCACCAAAUAUUAUGCGUUCAAUGAGUGCAAUGUCAAAUGCAGCGCUUUGCUGCAGGAUGACAUCACUGUGGCAGUGGAAUGCGCUAGGACUAUUCAGCGGCGGCAGGGAUGGAGUGCUUGGAGUGUAUAUUCGUUGUAUUGCAAUCGUACGCUAACCGAAGUGGAUGAUUGUUUUGAAUGAGGAUGGGAUGCAUGCAAAUUGGCCUAGUGACGCGAAAGAUAAGAGAAGAGAAGCUCUAAAGAGAUUGAGGAAACAAUAAGAGAAUUAAUAAUGUGCUAAUAUACCCAAUGUGUUCUUUUGUUAAUAAUAACAAAUAAAAUUAUGCUAUAUCAAUAGAAUUGUAUUUUACCACAAAAAAAAAAUUGAGCUGAAUUUAAUAAAUAAAUAAAUAAGCUCGAGAAUACUCAUCCCCAUCUAGGCCGAAGAUAUUUUCGCAAAUAACGCGAAUAUUUUAGGGCGGGAGUUGCACUUUUUUGCUUUUAUAAAGGGUCUUUCAAAAGUGGUCUUUGGUGACACUAAAGUCAGUAGGGAAUAAUUCCAGGACGG